ACGCUAUUUCUUCAUUUUUUAAUGUUUUUUUAUAUAUCAGACAUCUAUCAUCGAUUCAUGGAUUGUUACACAUCGCUAUACAUCGUGAUAAGUGUGUCGUUUAAAUGUAUCAUUUAUGUAGAUACUAAAAGCUGCAACAGGUCGAAAGUUCGAUGGAAGUUUCAAUUCGUUGGAAAUCACAAUUAGAAUAGUUUGAAUGACAAAGGUUUUCAGAAAUUCCCUUUUAAAGUUUGAAAAUUUAAAAGGAGUUUUCUGAAGCUUAUCGGCACACCUUUGAAUUUUGGAACAAACUUCAGGAACAAUUUAGAAUAGUUUUGUAUUUUGGAUAUGAAGUCAACUGGAAUAUCGGUCUCCCAUUGGUUUGCGGUUAGAUAAGAAAAAAGGAGUGCCUGGAGUGGGAUAUAAUUAGAGCAGGUAAUAAUUACAUAAGUGAUUCCUAAUUGCUUGUCUAUUGUUAAUUCUAUAUUCGCGUUUUUUUUCCUCACGCAAUUUUAAACUGUCCAGCUCUUCCUUAAACAUUGGUAUCAUCCCGUCGAAGACUGUAGACUGGCGGUCAAAACUUGUAUAAAUAUAUAUUUUUAACGAGAAAACUUGCCAGUUCUGUUUUGAUGAGCGUUAUGUUCUUUUUUUUCACGCUGGUUCUGGUUUUCGGCCAGGUCUAUGCCGAGAAUGUGUUUCGUUUUGCAAGCGUAUUUGGCAACCAUAUGGUGUUGCAACAAGCGCCGAAACGCGCAAUUGUGUGGGGUUACGGAGAAAUCGGCCAAAAGGUGAAGGUUUUUCAUAAUGGAGAAUGGUUCCGAUCGUUUACUACAACUAAAAUCCAGGGUGAAACAUCGUUUGGAAUAUGGACAGUCAUGCUUACGCCAACAAGUUUUGGUGGCCCAUAUCUUAUCAAAGCAUACUCUAAAGUUAAAGGCGCCAUAACCACUAUUACUUUAAGCGACGUUAUGUUUGGUGAUGUUUGGAUGUGUAGUGGACAGAGCAACAUGGAGUUCACAGUUGUUUCGUCUGAAAACGGAAAUGAAGCAAUUAACGAGUCUGCUCAGUACCCGGACAUUCGCUUAUUCACAGCAGAGCGUGAUUGUGAAUCGAUUCCACAAAUUGAAUUGAAAAAAGUCAGAUUACCUUGGUCUCGGGCAUCUCCAGGAGCAUUAGGUGGUCCCGCCUGGCAGUAUUUUUCGGCAGUUUGUUGGUACUAUGGUGUCCAAUUGUACAAAGAGCUAAGGUAUCCAAUUGGUUUGGUUGCCUCAACAUGGGGUGGUACACCGGUGGAGGCAUGGUCCUCACCUGAAGCCCUGGCAACUUGUGGAAUAACUGAAACAGAGUUUGCAUCCAACAAUUUACACAAAUCUUGGCCAUCAAAUCCGAGUUGUCUUUGGAAUGCAAUGAUCGUUCCUUUCCUUAAUAUGACCAUAUACGGCUCAAUUUGGUAUCAAGGGGAAAGGAACGCUGUGAGCCGAUUAUAUCCUUACAACUGCACUUUCCCUGCCAUGAUUGACGACUGGAGAGCAAAAUGGUAUGCUUCGACGCGAAAAAAUACCAACAAGACGUUUCCCUUUGGUUUCGUUCAGCUUUCAGCAAUAGGUGAUAACACAACUGGGCGGUCGUUCAACUUUGCUCCACUUCGCUGGGAGCAAACGGCGCAUUAUGGCUAUGUUCCUAAUGAUAGAGAGAAGAACGUCUUCAUGGCGGUCGCGAUGGAUCUUGGAAACCCAGAAUCCCCAUAUGAAAGCAUACAUCCAACUGACAAGAGAACCGUGAGCCAUCGUCUGGCGUUAGCUGGAUUAGAUGUAGGGUAUGGAAGGAAGAGGUAUUAUAGUGGACCACUGGUUGAUACAAUCAAGAAACGGACAGAACCACACCACAACCAGGCGCUUAAAGUGACUUUUAAGUUGCUGAAUGCUCAAAUUGAAGUAAGAAGUAACGUUGGAUUCGAGGUUCUCUGUGAAAAUGGCACUGAUUGGCUGGAGGCACCAAUUCUUAAUCACGGUCCGUCGUAUGUGAUCGUCGCACCAAAAUCGCUAAAUUGUGUUGUGCUAAAAGUCAGUUUCUCAAUCUCCAUAUAUACAAGAAAGGGUUUAUUGCAAAAUUUAAACUGUACAUUUGGGUGA